UGAGCUUGUGUGCCUUGUGUGCCGUUUGCACUAGCCCUAUGUGUGGCCAUGUUUCGGUCUCUGGGGCGAUUCGUCAGAAAAACAAGGAGGAGAGAUGCUUCCCGGACCUGGCAAAGCUUCAGAGAUGCGAAGGUGAUCAAUCCUUUUUCGGAGUACCAAUGGACUUCCCAGCCCUAUCCAAGCUACAACAUGCCGAGGGUUGCCCGCGAUGUCAGACCCCACAGGACCUUGAAGGCCAUCAGCCACUGCGAUGAAAAGGGCUGGUGGCACAUCCUGGAUGCCCAAGGCAGAGAUGUUGGCAAAUUGGCAGCAUUUGCAUCCAGACUGCUUCAAGGAAAGCAUCGUUGCGACUAUGCACCCGAUCGUGUCAAAGGUGACUCUGUGAUCAUCGUAAAUGCCAUCCACGUUUUCUUCCCUGGCCAUACCUGGGUACGGCACUGUUUGAGUUCUAACUUUUUUUUGACGCUCCUCCUUUGCCUGUUUCAGCCACACCUUUGCAAGGACACCAAAAUCUACAGGUUUUGGCGCAACAGAAGGACGGAUCCCCGUGGUGCAAAGGUUCUUACAGCCACAAGAUUGAUGAUGCUCAAUCCUUCCAUCAUCAUUUCACAGGCGGUCAAAGGCAUGUUGCCAAAUAAUCUACUGCGAAACAAUUUUCUUCGCAGGCUCUACUGCUACCCUGGUGCUAUUCAUCCGCAUUGGGGAAUGCCUCAAGUGAUUGUUCCAGUGGAGAAACGGCCUGAAAUGAUUCCAGACGCCUUCACAUUUGAAGCCGAGGUACGCCAAUCAGAGUAAUUCCUUCUGAGUCUAUGGCCUCGCCUUCUGAUAAUAUCCACGGAAUUUUGCGUGGCAAAAUCCCAGCAAAGAGAAAAUGUCAUGAGUCCUGAGUGCUGAGAAGCAGAUGCGAUUGACCAAAC